AUGAAAUUGAUUGCCUCCUCCCCGAAUCUCAUCUUCCGAUAUAAUCACAAGCAGGUGAUUCCUCCGGUCGCCUCCCGCUACCUGGGCUCCCCAGUCCAUCCUAUACACCCUAAGAUCGCCUACAUGUACGAGCAUCGUGACAAAAAUACGCUAUGGUGGCGGGUCUCGGUUGCACAACUUAUUCAGUAUAAGCGGGUAGUACGAUCAUGGUGUGCGCGCCGAGUGCGCAUCGCAGUCAAGCAGGCUUUACAACGCCAUGGCUAUGAUCAAUUAGGAUCCCCACUCUCUACAUCUCCUCUCGCCGGACAGGCAACCCUUACCGGAUCACUUGAAGUCAUCAUACGCCAAAAAGUUGUUACCCAGAACUUUGAGACAGUGCAGAAUGAUGCCAAUGAUCUUCUGACCGAUAUUCUGGCGCAACGGGCCAAAAAACUCCGACCAAGCCGGAGACUUUGA